AUGAAAUUCGUUAUAAACACUGAAGAUUUUUCAUCAAGAUUUGUUGUUCUUGAUGAAGAAGGUUUAGAACGUUAUUCAGUUAAAAAUGAAAUGGAUUCAUUUAUGAGAAAAUUAACAAUAUUUGAUCUUGCUGAUGAUAUUGUAUGUACGGUCGAAAAAAAAUUUUUUACAAUACGCCCAACGUAUGCUGUUUAUAAUAAACAUCAACAAUUAGUUUUAAAUAUACGUAAAAAAUUAAAUUUAUUACAUCCGGAAUUUACAAUUGUAUCUGAACUUGAUGAAGUUAAAUUUCAUACUAUUGGAGAUUUUUUUGGUUCAAAUUUUUCAAUAACAACUGAUGAUGAAGAAGAAAUUAUAGCGAAAAUUGUACGCAAUAAUGGUUAUACAAUUGAAGUUCUCAAUGACGAACAUGACGUUUCAGCUUUAAUUGCUAUUGUUCUUUCAAUACAUUUAUGUUGUCAUCAUACGAAAGAUGAAUAA